CUGAUUUAUUUUGGAGAUGUUCAGCUACUAGCAGAGUUCUUCAGAAUACGAGAUACUGACAGUGUGUAUCGCACUGGGAUGUACAUAAUGAAGACUUUGUUCUGGGUCACCUGCUCUGAUGGCUUAGUCUAAAUUGUAUUCAGUUCUUAGCAGCUUUCCAGAAUAGCAUUUUACUGCUGGUAUCUUUCAGUUCAGAACCUACUAAGUACUGUAAAACAGUUGUAGACACUUGUUUGUCUCUUUGUUAGGUUUCUGUAGAAACAUACCUGUAACGAGGUAUCCUGUUUGGUUUCCUAAUCUGUAGUUAUUCAGGAAAUAUAAGAUGGUUUGGAUAUUUUUUUCUUCUUACAGGGCGUCCCUUGAAAGAUAGUGUUCUGAUUAAGCAGGCACUGAAACUCCUUUACAGCAACAUGUCACUCUACAGGAAUCCUAAAUGCUGGAGUACCCUCAUUAUGGUCUUGGGCAGCAGCAAUUCUCUUGGAAAACGUGGGCACCUACGUCCCGUGUACCUGAGAGAGCCAACACUUGACUUCCAAACGAGGGUGCUUGCUGCCAGUUGUGGCCCUUUGAAGGAUCUGAAGGCAAGAAUUAAUGUUUCUUUACCAUCUUCUAUUUUCUCUGCUAACUUACACCACGAGGCUAGUCUUGUUGUCGCAGUACAAGCAAUACAACAGAUGGUUUUUUGUGAUCUUCCAUACUUGACUUCCUUCUUAGAGAUAGUGCUGGCUUUUGGGAGUAACUUUUGGGCUUUGAGGCUGUUAUUGGACCAGCUUUCCUGUGAAGCAAACGUUCUUGAUGGUGUUAUCAACCUGAUUUUGAGAGAUCUACAUUGUCAGAAAGCAACAAUGCUAAAGCUGUGGCAAAACCUUGGUCCCGUGUAUGUGGGUGAAUUCCUUUGCCUGUUCCUGACUUGCAAACAUCUGAAGAUGCAGUACAUUGGCCUCUUGAGUCUGAAUAUUGUCACAGAGAAUCUGCAUAUGUGUCCUUGGGCAAAGUAUCUUUGCAACUUCUUUCACAAUGCAAAACUGAAGACCCUGCCCCUUGGCAAUGCAAUUCAUCGUGAAGUCUCGAGGUUCAUGAGCCUGUUUGACAAUGAGUAA